AUGAAACACAAUAACGUUAUUCCAAAUGCUCACUUUAACAAAAAGUGGCAAUUACAUGUUCGCACAUGGUUUGAUCAAGCAGGUCGUAAAGAUCGACGACACCGAAAACGUUUAGCAAAAGCACAACGUGUUGCUCCUCGACCAGCUAAAGGUUCAUUACGUCCAAUUGUUCAUGGUGAAACACGUCGUUACAAUAUGAAAGUUCGUGCUGGACGUGGAUUUUCAUUGGAUGAAAUACGUACCGCUGGUCUUCAUCCAAAGUAUGCUCGAACAAUCGGCGUUUCAGUCGAUCAUCGACGACGCAAUAAAUCUACUGCAGCAUUUCAAGUCAAUGUCCAACGUUUGAAACAAUAUCUUGGCAAACUUAUCUUGUUUCCACUGAAGUCCGAUAAACCCAAGAAGAACGAUGCUAAACCGGAUGAAAUUAAAUUGGCUGUACAACUUAAAAACCAACGUGUUAUGCCAGUUAAACAAACAGUUAAACGUGAAAAAGCUAGACCAAUCGAAGAAGCUGACACUAAAUUCAAUGCUUAUCAAGCUUUACGUAUGGCUCGUGCUGAUGCUAAAUUAGUUGGACAACGUGAAAAGAAAGCCAAACAAGCAGCUGAAGAUGAAAAGAAACCCAAAAAAGAGAAAUAA